AUGCAACACAGUCAAUCAUUGGAGUGUAGGGAACCACCUGGGUUUAGACCAGGACUCACUUCUAAUGGAGUUCAAGACAACCCUGCUUGCAAGCCUGGGUAUUUUGAUAUCACCCAUGCAAGGCGUGCACCAAGCCCCCACCAUCCUAUUGAAUAUGUUGCAGCUGCACCUCCACCUGUGCUGGUACUGGCUCCUGCUUGGGCCUCACCUCUGCCCCCUCAUCCUAUCCCUUGUAAUUGCAAGCAUCAAGCUCCCAACCAUGGCUCUGACUCUGACUCAAGCAUGCCCAAUGCUCAAGAAAUACUGAGUUCUUGCUCAUUAUCCUCCUCUCAGUCUAAACAGGGGAGGGCGCCAAAACAGACAGCAAGGAGUACACAAGCUGUAAAGUCCAAGUCAAAGGCUCUUGCCAAGUGGUCAGAGGAGGACUGGGACAGCCUUUUUACCUUUAUUCUUGAUACCAAGGAGUGCAAUUUCUUACAGGCAGAGAAGAAGACCAAUAACCAAGACUUCUGGGACAUGGUUUUGUCAGUUGGACUUGAAGGAAAAUGGGAUUCUGUAUUGGCCCACACGCAUUGGAGACUUGGCUGUACAAUCUACUCAAUUAUUCAUCAACUUGAAUCUUUGACUGGUGGUAAUGGCAAUGGCAACAAGGACACCCAAUUCAACAAUGAUGACAACAAGACCACUGUGCUUGAGAAAAUCCAGCAACAUCUUGAGAAGAUUCAGAGCCAAAAGCCAAAUAUUGACCCUCAUUGUAAGAUUAAGCCCAAAAUUUACUACAAUUGGGUACAAGGAGGUGACAACAGCUGGUUCAAGGAUGCUAAGACCACAUUCACUCAAGAAAUUGAGCAUGGGAGCAGCCAGAUCAACAAUUCUGAUGACUCUGGUCAUUCUAAAUCUGAUUCUCCCCCAUUGUCAAGGCGCUCCAAACCCAAGCAAAAGCGUUCUGACUCCUCUGUGGAUGGUAUAGUAACCAUUGCCAAGGACCUCCACAACUCUCAAAAGGCCGCCACUAAUCAGCUGGAUUUUGAGAAGGAACAAGCACAGAUUGCAGAUGCUGCGCUUUUGAAAAAAGCCAAUUUUGACAAAAAGCUACUGAAUUUUAAGAUUGAGGCAAUGAAGCAUAAGUGGGCUAACAAAGAAAAGGCUCACAAUGCAGAGGAGGCUGCUAAAAGGCAUCAAGAGGACAAAGAAGACAAGCAACAGCAGCAAAGCCUUGUCCUUGAUCAAAUCAAAGUGCUUGAAGCUCUCAUUUCUAAGCCCAACACCAAUUUGCAACUAAAGGAAACUUUGCAAACAUGUGUUGGAGUACUUCUUGAGAAGUUGGGGAGUUGA